AUGAAUGGAAAUGAUGGUAGCAAAAUUCAAAUUGCAUUUUCCAAGCAGAACUACUUGACAGAGUCGACCAACCCGAUCAGCUUCAAGGUUUACAGCGUCUCCAAGAACAAUCGCUUCCCAGGCCAGCAAAAAUCGCAUUCUCCACUUCUUCAAUACCCCACCCGGAUGCCGUCCGAGCUGCUGACUGCAUUCACCACCAAGGAUUGCCACCCGUCGCAAGUGCGAAUGCUCCCGCUGAAAUCGGAAAGUUCCUCCUCCGGAUUGGUCGAGUUCCCGAGCGUAGCCCUAGCGGUGACGCUAUCAUGA